AUGAAUAUCAUAGAUCGACGUCGUCUGUUGGGACCUCCAAAUGCCGUGCCCGUGAAAUUUGUGGCGGAGACACAAGAAAAAGACCAGACCACCCAGGCUCCAAAGGAACUCUUCAUGGAAAGAGGACUUGUAGCCAACUCAAACGGGUCUGCAUGUCUAGAAUCCCGUGGUCUCGUGAUUCAAGCAAUCGUAUAUGGUCCGAGACCUGUGCAGCCGAACUUCACGCCUUCUGCUACGCAAGGUUCCGAGCUGAUGUCCCGUGCAACUUUCAAUGUGGAGUUCGAAAUGUCCCCGCUGGUAUCUGGGUUUGCUACACUAGAUACCCAAAAACUGGCGGUGUGUGUCCGUGAUGUAUUUCUGGCCAGUCUGCUACUGGAUUCAUAUCCCAAAUCAACCAUAGAUGUGCACGUGCAGUGCCUUUCACUUCCCCAGGGAGUGCCGGAGGACGAGGUUCUUGCUAUGGCCACAAAUUGCAUCAGUGUGGCACUGGUGGAUUCCGGGUUGGAGAUGCGCGAUGUUCCAGUUUCUGUGGCGAAUGACGGAGUUGUGCUGACGGUUUUAAACUACCAGAACGACGAGAUCGUGGGUCUGGUGGUAGGCCGCAGCGUGGAGGGAUUGGCCAGUCGUCUCGAAGGGCUGAAGGAGGAGUCCAGAGGUGUGAGGCGCGAAAUUGACACUUUUUUAAUGAAAUAA